ACUACGUAUAACACACCAAACUUGAAACUAGCGACACAUACUACAAAGUCAGACUGUGGCUUCAAUCCACAAGGUCCCCAUGAACACUUUCCUAGGACGGUUGGCAGUUACAUUCGUGCUCUUUCUUAUCCUAUUUCCUGUUCUCACUUCCCAAGUCUUCAUCGUAUGGCCCUGGUAUGGCCACAUGUGGACAGCCGAGCUCAUAUUCUUGCUGCUACCUUUCAAUGUCGUGUCGGUCAUGUUACUGUGGAACUACUACCUCUGCAUAGUUACGGACCCCGGUAGAGCGCCUGAUGGUUGGGAACCAGAUAUCGGCUCUGGCGAAGAAUACGAAGUCAAGAAACAUACUGGUGGACCCCGGUAUUGCCGCACAUGCAAAAGAUACAAGCCACCAAGGGCUCAUCAUUGCAAACAGUGUAACCGUUGCAUCUUGCGCAUGGACCACCACUGUCCGUGGGUGAAUAAUUGCAUCGGCUACUUCAACUACGGGUACUUCGUUCGAUUCUUGUUUUACGUUGAUGUGUGUUGCUCGUAUCACCUUGCCAUGGUCACUCGGAGAGUCUUCUCAUUCAGCGGAAGACGCUAUUUUGACGAGCCUUCUGCGAAAGGACUCUUCUUUAUUAUUAUGAACUUCGUCACUGUUGUUCCGGUUCUUCUCACCGUGGGAGCUUUCAGCCUUUAUCAUUUCCAUGGCCUCCUAACGAACACCACAACCAUCGAAGGUUGGGAGAAAGACAAAGCAGCCACUCUCAUACGGCACGGAAAAAUCCGCGAGGUCAAGUAUCCUUAUGACUUGGGUGCUUGGCGGAAUAUCACCUCCGUGCUCGGGAACAAUCCCCUCAAAUGGUGCUGUCCAUCAACACCGCAAGGACAUGGACUUAAAUACCAGCUGUCCUCUGGAGAUUGUGAGUGGCCUGAGUUUUCCUUACUUUACGAGGACGAUCCAUUAUCCUUGGCUUUGUCUCCGACACAUUUUCUGUAUGUUCACCAAAACGCUGCUGACCAACCCUCGAUCAUCCCAGACGUGGAGAGCCAGCACUCUUGGCCACCUCGUGACCCGACCGCUGAGAAAAUGCCAUUCAAGCUCCCUGAGAGCCCGUGGACGUAUGGGAACGAGAGUGUCAAUCCAAAUCUCCGUCCGUCAAGCUCGAACAUGCGGGAGUCCUACAGUCACCAAGCGUAUACGUCUGCUCUACCCCCAUAUCAUCCAGAUUUUGAAGAAAACUGCAGCACGCAAUCUCUGGAGUGUUCUUCGCCUGAUUUGGACACCGACUUAGAAGGUUGUGGAGGAAUCAAAUUACGACGUGGGUCCGAGGGCUACGAGGUUCGCCCGUUGGAUAGAGAAGAGAUGCUCCAGAGAUACAUAGAGACCCAAGUGUCUGAGAAAGGCAGAUAUCAGCUCUAUGAACCUGAGGCAUUGUUGGAGCAUGACAGUGACUUUGGUCCUGACGGAGAUCCACGUAGUGGCAGACUCGAUCAGUGUAUAUUGAACGAACGGAUGGAUCACCAUACCCUAAAGACCUCAUAA